AUGGAAGGAGAAGAGAAGCCGCAACAGCAUGAAAUAGAAGAUGUUUGUAUAGCAUACAAAACUGAAAAGAAAGAAGAAAUCAAACAUGAGAAAAAUCCUGGAAAAAGCACACAACACUCAAAACCGAAUGUGGACAGAAGACGUGUAAAUUAUGCUAAAUUCAUUCACACAAAUGCAAGAACAUACAAUGAGCCAGUUCCCUACAUUGAUAAUAAAGGGCUGGCAAAGCAGGGAAAAUGGUGGUUACAUAGUGGAGCAGCAGAACCUGUCUCCCAACCAUCUUACGACACCAAGAGCACCCAGAGGAGUGAUUUUCAAAAGCCAGCUUGCCCGCUGGUUUUGCCAGUCAACUACAACAGGCUUCGAAAGCCUUCUUGUGGAAUAGUUCCACUUACCUGUCUGAGCGCAUCAGGAGAACAUGAAAACAAUUUUGUAGAAUACAUCUCCUUUAUACAUCAAUAUGAUGCCAGGAAAACUCCCAAUGAGCCUAUACCGGGAAAGAGACAUGGGACCUUUGUGCAAAGAGCAAUAAAGCCACUGACUAUGCCAGCAGUUCCUAAGGAACCAGAGGUAUUACCAAAUGCUCUAGGGCCACAUUCAUCAGAACAGCCCCAAAGAACAGAAAAGGGAAACUGGUCAAGAGACAGAAUUCCCUCACCAGGCAUGUGCUGACAAAGUUCCCAAGAACUGCUGGAGACUUAG